AUGAUCUUCUGGGGAAGAAUUUUAAAUUGUAUGGCAUACAAUGUUGGCCUCCCCAAAGCAAAAAUAUUUUCUGGUCCUUCGAGUGAGCAGUUUGGUCACACGGUGCAGCAGUUUAUAAAUCCAGAUGGAAAUUGGUUACUGGUUGGUUCACCUUGGAGUGGCUUUCCUGAGAAUCGAAUGGGAGAUGUAUACAUAUGUCCUGUUGAUCAGGCCACUGCUUCAUGUCAAAAACUGAAUCUGCAAACUUCAACCACCAUUCCAGGGGUGACUGAGAUGAAGACCAACAUGAGCCUUGGCUUGACCCUCACGAGGAACAUGGGGACUGGAGGAUUUCUUACAUGCGGUCCCCUGUGGGCACAGCAGUGUGGAAAUCAGUAUUACACCACCGGCGUGUGUUCCGAGGUCAGUCCCAAUUUUCAGCACUUGGCCAGCUUUUCACCUGCAGUUCAAACUUGUCCUUCCCUCAUAGAUGUUGUGGUUGUAUGUGAUGAAUCAAAUAGCAUUUAUCCAUGGGUAGCAGUGAAGAAUUUUUUGGAAAAAUUUGUUCAAGGCUUGGAUAUAGGCCCCAAAAAGACCCAGGUGGGGUUAAUUCAGUAUGGCAACAGUCCAAGAGUUGUGUUUAAUCUGAAUACUUAUAAAACGAAAGCUGAAAUGAUUGAAGCAACAUCUAAGACAUUCCAGAAUGGUGGAGACCUAACAAAUACAUUCAAAGCAAUUCAGUAUGCAAGAGAGGUUGCUUUUAAAGCAGCGGCUGGUGGACGACCAGGUGCUACCAAAGUAAUGGUGGUUGUUACUGAUGGUGAAUCACACGAUGGUUCAAAAUUGAAGGAGGUUAUUGAUCAAUGCAACAAUGACAAUAUUCUGAGGUUUGGCAUAGCAGUUCUUGGAUACUUAAACAGAAAUGCCCUUGAUACUAAAAAUUUAAUAAAAGAAAUAAAAGCAAUUGCCAGUGUUCCAACGGAAAGAUACUUUUUCAAUGUGUCUGAUGAAGCAGCACUACUUGAAAAGGCUGGGACGUUAGGAGAACAAAUUUUCAGCAUUGAAGGGACUGUUCAAGGAGGAGAGAACUUCCAGAUGGAAAUGUCACAAGUGGGAUUCAGUGCAGACUACUCUCCUCAAAAUGAUGCCCUGAUGCUUGGUGCAGUGGGAGCUUAUGACUGGAGUGGAACAAUUGUUCAACAGAAAUCUCAUGAAUAUUCUAUCUUUCCUAAACAAGCCUUUGAUCAAAUUCUGCAAGACAGAAACCACAGUUCAUAUUUAGGUUACUCUGUGGCUACAAUUUCUACUGGGAAAAACAUUCACUAUGUUGCUGGUGCUCCUCGGGCAAAUUAUACUGGCCAGAUAGUAUUGUACCAAGUUGAUGAGAAAGGCAAUGUCACAAUUAUUCAGCCUCACAGAGGUGACCAGAUUGGUUCCUAUUUUGGCAGUGUGUUGUGUUCAGUGGAUGUGGAUAGAGACACCAUUACAGAUGUACUCUUGGUGGGUGCACCAAUGUACAUGAAUGACCUAAAGAAAGAGGAAGGAAAAGUCUACCUGUUUACCAUCACAAAGGGCAUUUUGAAUCAUCACCAAUUUCUUGAAGGCCCAGAGGGUUUUGAAAAUGCUCGGUUUGGCUCAGCAAUUGCGGCUCUUUCAGACAUCAACAUGGAUGGCUGGAAUGAUGUAAUAGUUGGUUCACCUUUAGAGAAUCAGAACUCUGGAGCUGUGUAUAUCUACAAUGGUCAUCAGGGCACGAUUCGCACAAAGUAUUCCCAGAAAAUCUUGGGAUCUGAUACCGCCUUUGAGAGUCAUCUCCAGUACUUUGGGAGAGCCUUGGACGGCUAUAGAGAUUUGAAUGGGGAUUCCAUCACUGACGUGACCAUUGGUGCCUUUGGAAAAGUGGUUCAACUCUGGUCACAGAGCAUUGCUGAUGUAUCUGUAGAAGGUUUUUUCACACCAGAAAAAAUUAUUUUGUUGAACAAGAAUGCGGAAAUAACUCUCAGACUCUGUUUCAGUGCAAAAUUUAGACCCACUAAUGAAGCAAACCAAGUUGUUAUUACAUAUAACAUUACCCUUGAUGCAGAUCGGUUUUCAUCCAGAGUAACCUCCAGGGGAUUAUUUAGAGAAAAUAAUGAAAGGUUCCUGCAGAAGAACAUGGUAGUUAGGCAUAUGAAAAGCUGCUCUGAGCACACCAUCAAUGUACAGGAACCCUCGGAUGUUGUCAGCCCUCUAGAUCUGCGUGUGAACAUCAGUCUGGAGAAUCCUGGCUCCAGUCCUGCCCUCGAAGCCUAUUCUGAGACCACCAGCAUCUUCAGUAUUCCUUUCCACAAGGAUUGUGGGGAUGAUGGCCUCUGCAUCUCUGAUCUAGUUCUAAACGUUCAGCAGCUGCCAGCUGACCAAAAACAACCCUUCAUUGUCAGCAACCAAAAGAAAAGGUUAACAUUUUCAGUAAUGCUGAAAAACAAACAGGAAAAUGCAUACAACACGAGAAUUGUUGCUGCCUUUUCAGAAAACUUAUUUUUUGCUUCCUCUUCCAUGCCGAUUGAUGGGACGGAAGUCACAUGCCAAGUUGAUUCAUCUCAGAACUCCGUUACCUGCAAUGUAGGCUACCCUGCUUUAAAGAGGGGACAAGAGGUGACUUUCACAGUUAACUUCGACUUCAAUCUUCAAAACCCUGAGAACCAGGCAUCUGUUAAUUUCCAAGCCUUAAGUGAAAGCGUUGAGGAAAAUAAUGCCGAUAAUUUGGUCUCCUUCAAAAUUUCUCUUCUGUAUGAUGCUGAAAUUCACUUAACAAGAUCUACAAGUAUCAACUUUUAUGAAGUUUCUUCGGAUGGAAAAGUUCCUUCUUUCAUACAUAAUUUUGAAGAUAUUGGUCCAAAAUUCACCUUCUCCCUUAAGGUGACAACAGGAAGUGUUCCAGUCAGCAUGGCAUAUGUAAACAUCCACAUCCCUCAAUAUACCAAAGCAAAGAACCCACUGAUGUACUUGGUUGGAGUUCACACAGACAAGGUGGGGGACAUCAGUUGUAAGGCAGAAACAAAUCCACUGAAAAUAGGACAUGCAUCUUCUUCUGUAUCUUUCAAGAAUGAGAAUUUCCAUCACAUAAAAGAAUUGAAUUGCAGAACUGCUUCCUGUAGCAAUGUCACCUGCUGGCUGAAAGACCUUCAAGUGAAAGGAGAAUAUUUCCUUAAUGUGUCCACAAGAAUUUGGAAUGGGACUUUUGCAGCAUCAACUUUCCAGGCAGUGCAACUGACAGCGUCUGCAGAAAUUGACACCUAUAACCCUCAGAUAUACGUGAUUGAAGAAAACAGUGUCACGAUUCCUGUUACCAUAAUGAAGCCUGAUGAAAAAGCCGAGGUGCCGAUCGGAGUCAUAGUAGGAAGCGUCAUUGCUGGACUCCUUUUGCUCUUAGCUCUGGUUGCUGUUUUAUGGAAGCUUGGCUUCUUCAAAAGAAAAUAUGAGAAAAUGACCAAGAAUCCAGAUGAGAUGGAUGAGGCCACAGACCUCAACAGCUGA